AUUAACAUUUUUGAACUUUAUAAAAAUUAAUUGCUGUGGUGGCUAAAUUUGGAACAGGAGGGUCUUGUGGAGAUAAGGGAAGAUUAUCUGGAGAAAGACUCUAACGAAGGGGAAUUUAAAUCAGGUCAUCCGCAGCAAGAGGCUCCUAAUUUGGGAAAUGCUACAGCUGAUGAUGGGGAAUAUGCUCGUAUGCUGGCUAUAAUGGAUGAACUUGAAAAAGAAGAGCUUGCUGCAGAAAGUGGCAAUCACAGUGAUCAAAAUGAUGAAAGUACUGGGGAUUUCCAUGAUAUAUCAUAUCAGGAACAUAUUGAUAACAAACUCCAAAAUUCAAAAGAUGUUCAUCAAAGUGAACUACUGGACCAGAUUAAUAAUAAAAUUAUAACAGCUGAUCUUCCAAAAAAACAGAAUCGUAAAGAAGAUAUAACUGAUCAGUUGAAUUUUGCUAGCCUGGCAGUAGAAUCUAGGGUCAAAGAGAGGGAAAAUUUUGUAGAAUACAUUGAUCCUAGUGAAAAGAUUCCUGCUCGUUCUAAAGAAAGGUCAGUUCAAGCAACUACGGCAUCAAAAACUGAGGUUCGACACCAAACUUCACAACCAUCAUUUGACAGUCGCAAGGCUUUUACAGGCUCUAUUAUAGAGCAUGCUGAGAAUAUAAAACCAACUACAAGACAACAAAGUUCAGCUUCUUCACAGGAUUCUGGUUCUCAAUCUUCAAAACCAGUCUCCAGAUUCAAAAUGCAGAGAAGAUAGCUACAAGAAGAUGAGAAGGUUGGAUCUUUUUGUAUUUGGCGAUCUAAUGGUGUAGCAUCCAUGAUUCUAGGAUGUGCUGCUUGAGAUCAAAAGUAGAAAGAGUAACAGUGGGAUAAAUCGUUUUGACUUUUGAGCAAUAAAUUUUUGGACCUUUAAACAAUGAUUGUGGUUCAAACAGACUUGGCUAUGUUUUAUAGAAUUGAAUUGAGAUAGUGUAUUUUAAUAUAUUAUUUUUGAACCGUGAGCUGUAUAGCAUACGAAACAUAAGUUGGCAUCAACCUUGUCGCGUAACCGGUUUCACUGA